AUGGGUAGUUUACUAAUGUUAGUGAAGUUUAGUGUAGUACUUCUCUUCUGUACUCUGGAUUAUACACGGGCUGACAACGAAUUACAAGGUAAUAAAAAUCCUCUAUACCUGUAUAAUGGUGUCUCAUACAUCAAACACACGUGGCUAUCCUAAUCUACAUACUUAUGUCAUUUCUUGACAUUUAAUAUUUUGGCGCCCUGAUUUGUCGUUAGAUCUCUCAAUAGGAUGCAAGCUGAAAGAAAUAAAAUGUUUUUCGAUGGUGUAAUUUGAGUCUUAUUCUCGUAGAUAUAAAUUUUAUAUCGUACAAAGUACAAAAUUACUUUUUAAAUCGUAUUUUUUUUAGCGAAUUUUUAUUUAUGUAAAUAAAAAUAAAUUCGGAUAUUAGUUUGCAUCGUGUAACUGUGCUUAUGUUAUGAAAAAUACUCUUUUUCUCUGUAUAUGAAACGCAACAGUGACUGAGUUCAUCUCGAAGUUAAUUGUUGUACAAUGCUUGCGAGUUCAUAGGCGCACUAUACCAGAAAUCCUCCUUUCAUAUCAACUCUGUUUCCUUAGUGCUCGUUGUAGUAUUGUUAUAUCAACAAUUAUUUGUGAAUUAUUUAUUAUUAUUUAUUAAUAAUUAUUUUCACAAAAUAACACUUGGAUUAUAAAAAUAAUUAAAAGUAAUUAAUUUUGAAGUAAUAGAUAUACAUACAUGCCAUAUCGAAGUUCACGUAAUUUGAGAUAUCGAUACAUUUUCGAUAUUCUGGAAAAUUUCAAAUGAUCACCUUUGUUUGAAAUUUAACGUGACAUAACAAAAUUUUAACAAAAAAUUUUAAUUAGAAAAUGUAUAUUAUGGUGACAUGAAAAUUUUUAAUGAUUUUAUGUAAAAUACAUACUUUUGUAAGUACUUCCGAGUUAUUAUCAUGUUUCCGUAAAAGCUUUCUAGUGUUUAGGAAAAUUAAUACUCUUGUCAGUUUGCGUAUAAGAAUGUUGGGGUAAAAAAAUUCUGACCAGUUUAUGAGAGUUUAAAUAUCUUUACUAAAAAUAAUUUUUGAACUAGGACGUCAAUGCACUUUAAUGUUGAAUAACUCUUUAAGGAAAGGAAAAAAUUAAAGAAUCUCAAAGAGUUCGAGCGCGUUAAUCAAAGUGUUAUAUAAUUAUAAAUUAUCAUGUAAUUACAAUUACACGAAUUACACACAAAUUACAACCUAUACAAAUUUUAUAUAAAUUCUUCGUCACGUAAUUAGUUAUCAAAGAUAGGAUUUGAAACAAUUGAUAUCGCCAUUUACUUGAAAAUUUUACAAAGAUUUUUCCUAUCAUUCCAUUUGAAUAAUGCCGGAUUACAUACUAAAAAAAAAAAGUAUAUAUCGUAUAUUAGAUUGUAAGAUAUAAUAAGUAAUAGAAGUGUGCCAUUAAUCAAGCCAAAGGAGGAGAUUAAACCGAUGUUUGGCUUGUUUGUGCAAGUGAAAGGAGACGAAGAUCGUUUUUACGUAGUUGGAAUACGGUUGUGUGCAGGUUCUCUA